GCUGCUCGGCCUACGACUCGAGGCUUCGCCAGAAGGUGGCAGUGAAGAAGCUGUCGCGCCCCUUCCAGUCGCUGAUCCACGCGCGGAGGACGUACCGCGAGCUGCGGCUGCUCAAGCACCUGAAGCACGAGAACGUCAUCGGGCUUCUGGAUGUCUUUACCCCGGCCACGUCCAUCGACGACUUCAGCGAAGUGUACCUGGUGACCACCCUGAUGGGCGCAGACCUGAAUAAUAUCGUCAAGUGCCAGGCGCUGAGCGACGAGCACGUCCAGUUCCUGGUUUACCAGCUGCUGCGUGGGCUGAAGUACAUCCACUCGGCAGGCAUCAUCCACCGGGACCUGAAACCCAGCAACGUGGCAGUGAAUGAGGACUGCGAGCUCCGGAUCUUGGACUUUGGGCUGGCACGCCAGGCUGACGAGGAGAUGACUGGCUAUGUGGCCACACGCUGGUAUCGGGCACCUGAGAUCAUGCUCAACUGGAUGCAUUAUAACCAGACAGUGGACAUCUGGUCUGUGGGCUGCAUCAUGGCAGAGUUGCUGCAGGGGAAGGCUCUCUUCCCAGGGAACGAUUACAUCGACCAGCUGAAGCGUAUCAUGGAGGUGGUAGGCACACCUAGCCCUGAGGUCCUGGCAAAGAUAUCCUCUGAGCACGCCCGGACAUACAUCCAGUCCCUGCCCCCCAUGCCCCAGAAGGACCUGCGGAGCAUCUUCCAAGGAGCCAACCCUCUGGCUGUGGACCUCCUGGGAAGGAUGCUGCUGCUGGACAGUGACCAGCGGGUCAGCGCUGCUGAGGCCCUGGCCCACGCUUACUUCAGCCAGUACCACGACCCGGACGAUGAGCCCGAGGCCGAGCCCUAUGACGAAAGCAUGGAGGCCAAGGAGCGCACAGUGGAGGAGUGGAAGGAGCUCACCUACCAGGAAGUCCUCAGCUUCAAGCCCCCGGAGCCGCUGCAGCCGUCUGACAGCCUGGAGAUUGAACAGUAGGUGUCGCCCAACACCCCCUAGGGCCUG